UUUUUCCGUUCUUCGAUGAAUUAUUCUCUACCUAGCCUCAGCUCUAGGGUUAGGGCUUUGAUCAAUCACCCUGAUCGACAAUGGAAGAAGAACAACCGGCGCCGGCUUCAUCCACACCAGCCUCUACGACGCCGUUCCCAUCCUCAAUCCACAACGCCCACUUUUCCUCCGCCGCCGCAUCCUCAUCACGAGCCUCCGAAGCAGACGCCGACGCCAACGAGGAUGAGAACCUCAUGCAGCGUCAUCACAGUCCAGAGCUUCAGCGCCAGCAAAUUAGCGUUACGUAUCGCGGAGGCGCCGGCGUCGACGACCACGACGGGUCGGCGACGAUCAGGAACGACACUUGGUCGUGCAUUAUCGUGGUGCUCACUUUUUGGUUCUUCGUGUCAAUGACUCUGAUUUUGGGGGUUUAUGGUUCGGUGAAUAUGCGGCUCGGCCCCAAUUGUUCUAUUCUUUUACAUCCCAACCCAUUGUUUGUGCAGUAUCUGAAGGUGGAAGAGUUAGAUGAACCAACACCCGGGCCUAUGCUCUAUGGGUUUUAUAAAGUCCCACCUCUUGAAGUCAUAACCACUUGGGAUCAAAAGCUUAAGGCAUACAUGGCUCCCUACUCUCACAGGGAGUGGGUAUAUUAUCUCAACAAGGGAUCUCAAGUAAAUAUUACAUACAGUGUCAGCUCUCUGAGUUCCUCCUCUUUGAUUCUUGUAAUAGCCCAAGGAAGUGAAGGCCUUUCCCAGUGGCUUGAGGAUCCCACAUAUCCCAAUAUCACCUUGUCAUGGCAACUGAUUAAUGGAAAUGGUACUGUGCAGCAGAAUAUUUAUACGUCUUCUAGUUACUAUGUUGCAGUGGGAAACACAAACUUGGAGGAGGUGGAGGUGCAAUUAAACCUCACAGUAAAAGCUCUCCAGUAUAAUACAACUGGGGCCUAUUCCAAGUGUAAUUUGACUCAAGGCCAAUGCAGUUUAAAACUUUUUUUCCCAAAGGCAAAUGCCGCUGUUAUAACCUCUCCUGGCCCAGAACAAGGUAUACCCAGUGAUGAGUGGUAUGUGAAACUGUCCUAUGGACCACGAUGGAUGACUUAUAUUGUUGGCGUAGGUGGAAUGACAGUGCUCAUGUUACUGGUCUUCAACUUCUUGAAUAAGUUCCAAUUUAACCGUCAACUUAGAAUUGGAGUUCCACUUGGGGGGACGCAACCAGAGACAUCCCCUUUGCUCCCAGACAAAGAUGAUGAUCUCUCUAGCUGGGAUUCAUCUUAUGAUUCUGCUUCACAUGAUGAGGAGGAUGCUCAAGACAAGCUAGGAGUGGGUGGCCUUGAUGGGAAGCCAAAAAAAGAUGGUGAAAACAACAGUAAUCCUAAGCGCCUAUGUACAAUUUGCUUUGAUGCUCCAAGGGACUGCUUCUUUCUUCCAUGUGGGCAUUGUGUAGCUUGCUUUACAUGUGGAACAAGAAUUUUAGAAGAGGAUGGCACUUGCCCCAUCUGUAGUAGGAAUAUGAAGAAGGUGAGGAAGAUAUUUACAGUUUAAGCAGUGCACAUAAUUUUGGCUACACCGGCUCCCCCUAGUCGAUGACUCACAAUGCAGCUAGACCACUGCUUCCAGCCAGUUGGAUAUCAUUGAUCAAGGAAAUCAUACAUAGUUUAUCACAUAAUCUCCAAUGCCAGGAUGACCAAGCCUUGUGUUUUAUUUUUUCUGAGUUGGCAUUUCAGCAUGUAUUACCAUCUCUUGGUAUAGAAAUAUCAGGUUAAGGGAGGUUAAUAUGAGUAAUCACAUUUAUAAUUUACAGUUAUCAGUUUGUAUAUGUGCUCUACUGAAAGGAAUUAAUCUUCUAGCCAUAAUUUUUCCUUAAAAAAAAUGGCAUUUGAUGCCUCUACUUUCUGA